AUCGUUUAAUCGAUCUUUUCUGUGCUAGGGGUGCUAGGUUACAACAAUAACAAUCGUCUUUUAGUGAAAAAUUCGCAUGCAAAAACAUUGAAUAAUUGCAGUUCAAUGAACGACAACAUGGGACAGCAGACAGUCAUCGAACAAACUGGAUGGUCGUUUGAUGAUCGGAGUUGCUGGCUUUGCCAGUGCGUCAAUCGACCUCUCAAUCCAUUAUUUUCACAAGACGAUUCAUCGAAAUUUUACAGGAAUUUGAUUUUUGUAUGUUUGGAAAUUGUGGUUGUUCAUCAUCGCAAUUCCGAUGCCUUGAUUUGCGUUGAUUGCAUCGAAAAACUAAAUUCAUUCAGCUGGUUCAGCCACCAGGGAAAAAGUAAUGAUCAAUUCCUCAAGCAACUGCCGGAGGAACACUUCCGCGUUGGAGAACAGUACUGUCGGUUGUGUUUGGCCACCAAUGGACGUCUCCACCAAAUUUUCUUCGCUGACGGGCAGCCAAACACUGAACUGUGUGCUAUUAUUGAGGAAUGUACCGGAGUCGUGGUUAACUGUUACCGGGACUUUAAAUCUCACAUCUGCGACAUGUGCCGAACGCAAUUGGAAAUGUUUGUGACUUUCAAGCGAAUAUGCAGGCAAAUAAAAGAGAAACAUAAAUUGGAAUUUUCAAACGAAACGGACGGAUAUGGAUCUGAGUCACUGGAAGAUGAAACCGAAGCGUCUUUGUUGGACAUUUUGGGAAGCGAAAACGAAGCAAAUGAACAGAAUACCAAGAAGAAACGAAAGAGAAAUGUCCAGUUAAAGAAUAAAGCUAAAAAAGUUAAAAGCAGUCCAGCACAGACUGAAAAUAAGCUUGGGAGGACAGUUUAUCGCAAACAGGUUUUCCGUAUGCUGUGGUUAGCGGAUGACGAAAGGAAUUUUGAGGUGAUUAAGGAAAAGAAAGGACGAGCAAAGGUAUACAUCGAUGGUUACAAAUUUAAUUUUCAACUUGUGAAUCCGGAUGGUUCAAGUGUUUGGAAUUGCGAAUGGAAGAAGCUACACAAUUGCAAGAAUGUAGUGACCGUCAGUGCCGACGGAAAGAUCGCCACUUUCAACAAAAGCUUGAGUCACACACAUGGAACCGAGCCGUCACGGCUCAUCAUGUGUCCCCCAGGAAAAGGUUCGCUUCUCAAAGAGGACGGUACAGAGGAAAAUAUCUGGCUGCUGCAUUUCUUGACGGCUGGUGAGGAGCACGUUCGACAGUUGGUAUAUCGCGGUCAGCAAUAUACGUUGUGUGCCAUUUAUAACGAUAAGGAUACUAGUGAAUGGGUGUGUAAGUCAAAACAAUGUCGUGUUGCCGUCAUUGUUAAAGGUAUAUUCAAACAUAUUGAACAUUUGCGAGGUUAUCAUAUACACCCAGAAUUGUCGGAGCAGGAGACUCGUGAGAUAUUGAGAUUGUGUAAGAUAAGACCAAAUUCAGAUGAUGUGAUUACGCCAUUUCGCGAAAAGAACGUUUCAGAAUGGCGCAAUAAAAGUAACUCUAUAGAAAAGUUAGUAGUGCCACCAAUAUACACCCAAUUGGCUUCUAACGAUCCUCAUAGGAAUUAUGAGGUGUGUAAUAUAAAGGGAAAUCGCUAUAAAAUACAGUACGGCGGAUAUUAUUACAAAUACUACCUGAGAUCAGUGGGCCGAACCACCCUAUGGAAGUGUAUAUGGGAGACCAUUCACAAUUGCAUGGCAAUGAUUGUAGUGACAAGCGAUGGUAAACAAGCUUCUAUCUAUGGAGAAGCAGAGCACAGCCAUUCAACAAAUUUCGCAGAAAUUUUUGACUAUGAACUAAAGCAGUAUUCAGUUCGGAAAAUAACCAGCGAAGUAGAAGAAAAUAUACAGUUACUUUCUCGUGAAUGUUUAUAUUUCUACAGUCGCUCUUUGUUGCAUCAGAACCAUAUUUAUAAUCUCCGUCUCAUCGUCAACUCAGAAACCAGAUGGGCAUGUGUCAAACUGGACUAUCAGAGAAAGCAAUGUACCGCAAUGCUUAUCUUGAAUGGUAAUUUCCAAUCAUUUUUACUGAAGGGCGAGCAUUGCCAUCCGCCAAUGUCGGGUAGCGAAAUCAAACACGUCAUUAGGCCGGGAAACAAACUAGAGUUAUCUGCUUUAACAAGCGAUGAGCAAGUAUCGAACGAAGAUACGGAACAAUCUCUCUACUCGGACGCAUCUCAGAGUCUGCUGAGUAUGUUAAAGCAACAACUCUUGACGUACCCCGCCGGACGCGGAAGUAUAUGGGACAAGGGCGAAAAUAAGCAGUUCUCUUUUUAUUUCCUUACGGACAACAGCAAUAAACGUGAAAACCCGUACAAAGUAUUCUAUCAGCAAUAUCGCUACUCAUUUGCUUCGAUAGACCAACACGGCACUAGUCAGUGGAUUUGUUGUAAGUUAAUUGAUACUAGCGCACGGUUAGGUACUUGCACAGCACACCUAACUAUCGAGGGCAUAUUUCAACGCGUUACGGCUAAGGGCAGUCACAAUCAUGACGGUAUACCCGAAACAAUGGUUGAAUAUCUCUGUAGUAGAAGCGAGGUUAGAACCUAGGUAGUAAGAUUCGGUAUGUGCAUGUUUUCUCCAUUUGUAUUUUAUGUGUGUAUUAUCAUUAUUUAUCAAUCAUUUCCUCGAACAAAGCAUCACUUCGCAUUUGAAUAGGUAAACCAAAAAUUUUAA